AUGGAGAUUUAUAACAAUAUUAUGACUUUAUUAUGUAAAGUGUUCAAGCAGAAAGAAAAUAACAUUCGACAUGAUUUACUAGUCGAAAUUCUGCGUAGACUACCUGUUAAGUCGUUAGUUCGCUUUAAAGCAGUGCAUAGCCAUUGGUUUUCUUUGAUUUCGAGUCCGCAGUUUUGUCAUCAACAUCUUCAAUAUCAACGGCCCGAUCAGAAGUACGGAACCAUCCAAGUCGGGAACACGCACACCUUGCAUCCAUCCCUUUCUCUUCGCGUUAUCGACACUGUUGAUUAUGAUCAUCAGCUUGUAGAGAUUCAAAAGGCUUUUGGUAGUUGGGAGGUUUUUGGAAAUUACGCGUACCCUAUGCUACUUGGUUCCUGCAAUGGUUUACUAUUAACAAGUUUUUCAUUGUACUUGGAGGAUUUUAUAUUGUGGAAUCCAACAAUCAGAGAGUAUAGAAAUAUUAAUAGAAAGAUCCCCGUUGGGCCGAAAUUUGGCACAAAGUUUAUGGCUGGACUUGGCUACGAUAACUUGAGCUACAAUUACAAAAUUGUGGCAGCAGAGUCCCGUAAUUUGCCGCAGAAAACAUCAAUCGAAUUUGAUAUUUAUGAUCUGAGGAAGUCUUCUUGGAAAACAAGAAAUUGUCAUUUUCCCUACAAGUUCAAAUCACUUACCACACCGGCUAUUACUCUCGCAAAUGGAAUCCCGCAUUGGCAUUUUAAAAGGAUGGCCAAUGACCAAAGUGUGAUAUUAUGUUUUGAUUUGGUAGAGGAGAUUUUCAAAGAGGUUCCUCUUCCUGAUAAUAUACUUGACUUUAAAUUUAUGUCUGCUGUAGAUGGUUAUCUUUGUAUAGGGAUAAGAAAUUUGCCAAUGGGUCCAUUACAUGUGUGGAAAAUGAGAGAAUACGGAACGAAGAAAUCUUGGUAUGCAUUAAAGAUUUCUUUUCCUAAUAAAUUCAGAUGUUUUAGCUACUUGAUGCCCCUUGGAUUUCUCGAGAAGGGUCAAGUUGUAAUGAGUUUAGAUACAGUAGGGAUAGCUAUAUUUGGUGUUGCUACGCAACAAUAUAAGUUUGUUUUGAAGUCGGACCGUAAUUAUCAUGACACAGUAGUUGCAUAUAACCAGACUCUUAACUUCAUCCACCACUCUUGUAAAAACAAUGAGGUCAAGGGAAACAAAACGCUAUGCAACCUCGAAUUCAUUGGACACACAGAAUUCACCCAAACAACCAUGGACACUGUGGAAAAGGGUACUACUGAGGCAGAGCACACAAUGCUGGAUAGGAGCAGUGUAAUCGGCAGGAAGGCCAACGGGACUGCCCAUAGUGGUGCUCUACGUUAUGCACUUCAUCUCCGUAUGAUAUGCCCUUCACCUUUAGACGCUGAUGAAGGCAAGUUGCACGAAGUCUGCGAGCCCCCUGUUGUACACAGAAAUUUCAAAUAUGUCAACAUUCUCCUUGUCGAUGAUAUUGAUGUGCGUGUCUCGGAUUGUUGUUUGGCUCCACUGAUCACCAAAGUUCCACACUGA